ACAAACGCACCUCCCACAUACAAAUGUUUUGAAGAAUCCUCCCUCCUCCUUUGGAUUAUUUCAGUGUAGUAUUAAGACAUUUAGUAGGCUUGAACACAUAUAUUUUAGGCCCAUUACUCGGCCCAUUAAGACAAGGUUUUUGACUUUUGUUGUCUUCUCUCUGAAACCCUCAUCUUCGUCGAUCGAUCCUUUGCCCGGCCAGCCGUCUCCAUCCAAGAAAAAAAAAAAAAAAAAAUCAAUGGAGGAAGAAGAAGCAGCGGCGAGAGAAGUGGUGAUGGAUAAGGAUGUGAAGAAGAAGAUCAAGGAAACAGUGAAGAAGAUCCUGAAACGUUCGAGCUUACUUGAGAUCACAGAGAUCAAGGCCCGAGAAGAAGCUUCCUCUGAGUUGGAUCUCGAUCUUUCGCGAGAUCCGUACAAGCUCAUCGUGAGAGAAGCCGUCGACAGUUUCAUAGAGAAGGCGAUUACGAAGAUCGAGACUGAGAUGGGAAAGCUUCAUACUCAGAUUGUAGAAGAUGUGGAUGGAGUUUCAACCAAGAAAACAACAACGGCGGCGAAAAAAAACAAGAAGAAGAAGAAGAAGAAAACAAAGAAGGUGGUGGAAGAAGAAGAAGAAGAAGAAGAGAUAACAGCUGCUUCUUCUUCUGUUUAGUUUUAAAAAUUAGAAAUUCGACAAUUUAAGAAUAUUUAAGAUGUCUCUUAGUGGAAUUAGUGUUUUACUCAUCAAAGACUUCCUCAAAAAAUAUUCUGGGAGUGUUGAUAAAUCCCAAUGUAUGACACCAGAAUCAACCUCUCGGCUACUUCCUUGAUACUUGUGGU